GUUUGUUUGCGCAUAGUGAAUCCAGAGUGAGUUACCCUCGCAAAGGAUGAAAAUGAACUAUUACUAUUCUGUCUUGUUUGAUACAACUGCACUACGAGUGAGUGUUAAGAACCAAAUAAACUCUAGUUUCAUAUAGGCUGUAGAAGUAAAACAACAAGUCAUCCGCGUCGAGGAGGACUAAAACACCGGAGUCUACUGUUGUACUUGACAAGGUCCCCUAAAUCAAGCCGCAAUUCUGCAUUGUAACCAGUCUUCAGAGAUGUCUUCCACACUUCCAAACAGCCCCCUGACCACCUUUGUGUUGAACACAGGUGACGGAGUCCCAGGGGCAAGAAUGGCCCUCAGUCUGCACCGACUGGACUCACUCCUAGUCAUCUGGAACCUAGUGACUGUGGGAACCACCGACGAAGAUGGUCGCUGUCCUGGACUCAUCACUACAAAAGCGUUCACGCCUGGGAUGUAUAAGAUGCGUUUUGAGACUGGACAAUAUUGGGAGAGUUUGGGUCACAACUCCUUCUACCCAUAUGUUGAGAUUGUCUUCACUAUAACAAACCCAAACGAGAGAUUCCACUUGCCCCUGCUCCUGAGCCGCUUCUCCUAUAGCACGUACAGGGGAAGUUAGAGCCAUCUCUCGUCUGAGCCUCUGCCCGCACUAUACCAUGGAUGUGGUUAAUCGAGCUAAAAUGCUUACAUGUCCAGUUGAUACCUAAGUGGUCGAGUUACUGUAGUUUGAAAUAGUCAUGAUGAUGAACUGAAGUGAAAUGGCUAUCACGUGCUGAAUAUUUUGCUUUUUGUCUGUUCAUCAUGAACGUACAUAUUUUGUAAUCUACCUGUCAAAUUGCUCAUCCAUGAUGCAAUGUGCGUGUGUGUUUCUCAGCCAAUCACAGAGCAAGAUCGAGCUCCGCAGAAAGACUCAAAGUCGUCCUAUUCGCGCAUAAAUGAAAUAAAGUUAAUUAAAAC